CGCAUUGGUACAAAAGUGCCAAACUCGUGUGACAUAUAACCACACUUUAGGUGGCACUCAAAUUGGCCCAAAAAAAAUGUCCAAAAUAUUCGAUAACGACUCGGAUUCCGACCCUGAAUUAAAAACAGACAACGAGUACGCCAAAAACUACGACAAGUGGCGAAAAAAAGAGGAAUUAAACAGGCUAAAAACGAAAUAUGGUGAGGAGUUACUGGACGAGGAGUCGUCCAGUUCGUCCUCAGAUGAUGAAGAAGGCGUCGAACUGACGGACGAAGUCGAGAAACAAUUUUUCAAAACCUUGUCAUGCCUCAAAAAUAAAGAUCCGAGGAUCUAUGACGAAAACGUGCGUUUCUUUGACGAAACUCCCAUAAAUCAGCCGAAAACAAGCAAGAAGAGUAAAAAAGACAAGCCCCUGUUUGUUAACGACUAUGAGCGAGAGCUGAUUUUGAAGAAAAACGGUGAAUUAAGUGACGAUGAAUCAGGGGAAGGACCGCCACGUUCGCCAACUUAUAUCGAAGAACAGAAUAAGCUCAAGGAGAGUUUUAAGAAGGCUUUGAAUCGUAUUAGUGAGAGUGAUGAUGAAGAUUGGGGCGGGGUGCUUAAAGUUAGACAGAAAACCGAAGAAGAGAAGAAGAAGGAGGAAGCUGAUUAUUUUGAGUGGUUGGCUGGGCAAAAGGAAGAAAUUGAUGAUAAAGAAGUUGCAAAUGAGUUGGAGCCGUUGAAGAAUUACUGGAAUAAGCCUGAUUUGGAUGAAGGCGAGAAGUUUUUGAGGGACUACAUUUUGCAAAAAAAAUUUUUGAGUAAAGAAGAUGAGGAUUAUAUUCCAACGUAUGAGGAAAUUGUCCACGAUUCUGAUAAAGACUUGUCUGAAGAUGAAGAAGCAAUUGAAAAACAGGAGGAAUUUGAACAUAAAUAUAACUUUAGGUUUGAAGAACCCGACCAGGAAUUUAUUAAGCGGUACCCAAGAACCAUGGAACAUUCCUUGAGGAAAACAGACGAUAAAAGAAAAGUCAAACGACAAGAGACUAAAGAACGGAAGAAGAAGGAAAAAGAACAAAAAAUGCAAGAAAUGAAGAAACUUCAAGAGCUGAAACGGAGGGAGAUUGAGGAAAAGAUACAAAAACUGAAAGAGAUUACCGGAAACAAUGACAUGGAAUUUAAAGAUGAAGACUUGGAAGGCGAUUUUGAUCCUGAAGCGCAUGACAAGCGGAUGCAAAAUUUGUUUAAUGAUGAGUUUUAUCAAGGACCGGAAGGUGAACAAAAACCGGAAUUUCCCGAACUUGACGAAUUAUUAGAAAUUGAAAAUUGGGAGAAAUGGAAAGGUGAUGAUGAACCACCUGGAGAAGAAACCGAAUAUGAGCCACAUUGUGAAGAUGAAGAUUUUAAUAUGGAUUGCGAUUAUGAUCCGAAAGCCGCAACCAAGCAAGAAUUAAUCGAAAACAGCAAAGGUAGGAAAAAACGGAAACGCAAAUCACUCUUUGCCAAAGCUGUAAGUCAGCCAAAACCCGUAUUUGACCCGAACGAUAAAACUUAUGAGCAAUAUCUGGACGAAUAUUAUAAAUUUGAUUGUGAGGAUAUUAUUGGCGACGUUCCUUGUCGAUUCAAAUACAGAAAAGUGGUUCCUAAUAGCUUUGGUUUGUCGAUUGAGGAGAUUUUAACAGCGAGUGAUCGCGAAUUAAAUAAAUGGUGUUCGCUCAAAAAAGCCAUUCAGAUUCGGCCAGAUCACGUCGAAAAGUACGACCAAAUCGCGUUUGAGAAAAAAGGAAAAAACUUGGAAUUGAAGAAAAAGAUUUUGCCCAGUUUAUUUGCCAAUGAAAAUGACAAAGAAGAAAACAAUGAAGUUGAAAAUAAGAAGAAAAAGAAGGUGAAGAAAGUCAGGUGUGCGAAAACAAAUGAUGCGGCAAAAAUAAACGGUGAUGCCAGCACGAAUAUUAAAAAGAAAAAGAAGAAGAAAAAGAAGAUUGUGCAAAACAAUAAUGAAACAGACAGUAACAACAAACAAAAACUAUCAAAUAGUGAAACUGUUGUUUCGAAUAAAAGUGCGACAAAGGAUAAGUCAGAUGGCAACAAAAAACGAAAAUUAUCAAGUGGUGAAGCUGUCCCGAAUAAGAGGGUGAAAAAGAGUAAGAAACAAGAGGUAGAAAUUACCGAUGCCCGAUUGUCCGCCUACGGGAUUAAUCCUAAGAAGUUUAAAAAUAAAUUAAGAUAUAAGAAAAAUUGAACAAAUAAAUUGUUGAGGAAAAAAAAACAUUUUAAUACUUUAUCCACAUAAUAUAUUUACGACACAAAUGAAAAAUACAACGUCAAAAAUC